GAUUUGCCUUCCCUUUUUGGAAAAGAACCCCGCCGCCGGCUUCGACCUGUCCGGCCUAAGCCUUAUCGUUUCGUUCUCCGAGUGUCGCUUCCCUUGCGUGUCGCGUUGGUUAAGAUACGGAACGAAACGUUUCUAAUCCCCCCUCUCCUCACAGAGAAGUGGGAGCGUCCAGGCAGCUGCUAAUAAGACAGCCCAAGACUAUGUAUAACCAAACGGGGGAGGCGGAUGGAGAGUUAAAGCCCGAGUGACAACAGCUGAGGGGCAGCCCGGGCAGAACCGGUGGGUGAGGGUGGGGGGGGGAAACCGAGGACUCCUCUGCUUGGAAAGGGGGUAUCUUGCGUUUGCAGAUCUGCUACACACUUCUUAAAUGAUUUUCAGAAUACAUAUUGAAAGUGUAACUGCCCAUGAACUGCAUCAAACCUCACAUAGGGAGCAACUCUUGAACAGAGGGCUGCAUCUAGACUACCUCUAGACAAUUGUGAUAACUUCAUUUGGUAUUUGCUUACACAGGUUCUAUUUACUGGAUUAACAGAAGUGAUCCAAAAUGCCUUUCACUGAUGAGCAGAGCAGUGACUGUGAUUCUUCGCGAUCUUCAGAAAGUGCAACUUCUUCAUCUAGCGACUCUGAAUACUCAAGGCAGAGUUUUACCAGUGAUUCUUCAAGCAAGCCCAGUUCUCCAACCUCAACAAGCCCUCCCAAAAUGGUUACGUUUGAUGAAAUGAUGGCAGCUGCAAGGAAUCUGUCAAACCUGUCUCUGGCUCAUGAAAUUGCUGUAAAUGAGAAUUUUCAUUUGAAACGCAUAGAGCACACACACAACAGCUUGCCUGGAAGGGUUAAACAAAUUGUACAUAAAGCAUUCUGGGAUCGCCUGGAAGAAGAUUUGAAGGAAGACCCUCCUGAGUAUGAGCAUGCAAUCAAACUCUUUGAGGAAAUUAAAGAGAUCCUUCUUUCUUUUUUGAACCCGGGGGCUAACAGGAUGCGCAACCAAAUUUGUGAAGUCCUCGACACGGACCUUAUAAGGCAGCAGGCUGAGCACAAUGCAGUUGAUAUCCAGGGUCUUGCAAACUAUGUCAUUAGCACCAUGGGGAAGUUGUGUGCUCCAGUAAGGGACAAUGAUAUCAACCAGUUAAAGCCCACUGGGAAUAUUGUAGCAUUGUUGAGGCAAAUAUUCCAUGUUCUGGAUCUCAUGACAAUGGAUAUGGUUAACUUUACCAUACAGAGUGUUAGACCUCACGUUCAGCGCAACUUGAUCGAUUAUGAAAGAGCAAAAUUCCAAGAUAUACUUGAAGAAACUCCAAGUGCCCUAGACUUGACAACGGAAUGGAUAAGGGAAUCAAUACAAGAUGAACUAUCUUCUAUUUCUUGUGAAAUGUCAUCAUCUUCUGGUGCUAAUGGGAUCUCAAAAGCAAAUCUUAGCCCGAUUGUGGUGUUAACAAACAGCUACCUGAAAUUGUUAGAGUGGGAUUAUCAGAAAAAAACAAUUCCAGAGACAUUAAUGACAGAUGAAGCUCGCCUUCAAGAAUUAUCCAAGAAAUUGAAUCAGUUGAAGAUUGUAGCGUGUGUUUCUCUCAUAACAAGCAACAUGCUGCCUGCAGUUAUUGAGGAUAUUCCAGACUUCGUUGAGAAACAAAAAAGGAUUUCUUUUGUUUUGCUCGAAGGAAUGCAUAAGGAGACUUUUGAUUUAAAAGAAGCUCUUAAUGCAAUAGGUAUUCAGACAUGUAGUGCAAUAAAUGAAUCACUCACAAAGAGAGGCUUUCAACUAUUAAAUAAAGAAGUUCAAGCAAAUGUGGCAGGUCAGCUCUGCAAUAUUGUUGAAGAAGAUAAUGCUGUCAUCACCUUAAUUGGUAAACGAAUUCAUUUGUACAUGAAAAGUGCAUUGCUUGCUUCUCCAUGCUUUCAAAAAUCUAUGCCUACAGUUCCUGGAGGUCUUGGUGUGAUUCAGAAAGAGAUAGAGACUAUUGGCUCGCAGUAUGCUAGCAUUGUUAACCUUAAUAAACAGGUUUAUGGACCAUUCUAUGCAAGUAUCUUUCGAAAACUGCUGUACAAUGAGACAGAAACAAACAAAGCCGAAGUUGAGACUUCUACCAACUGAAAUAUGUACAGCUUCUUUUUUGGUCCCUCUUUUUCACAAUAUUUAUAUUGUGAUCUGCAUUUUUCUUUUGACUAUGCAUAGCUUGCAGUGAUGACUGUUAAUGUGAGACAGAGAGAAAUGUGUUUAUAUUAUACAGAUUACAGUCAAAUAAAUAAAAAGUUCCCUCCAAAUUAAAGCAAUUGCUACAUUUUAAAAAGGUAACUUUUGAAAGGAUUAAUUCUGUUUGUAGCUAUGGAUUAUAACAUGUGGCACUUAUUUACUGUAUUUUUCUUUUUCUUACACAAAUAUUUCAGACAUGUAUGAUAAAUGCCUACAGUAAUAUAAAUCUCUUAAAUGUUUAAUAUGCUUAUGCAAAUGAUUAUGGUGCAAUAAUAUAAAAAGUAUAUUUCAGAUUUGAUCUGAAAUCAUUGUUAGGGCAUUUGCCUUCUGCCUUUACCCAAAAUGGAUUGCUCAAGGAACCCUGCCCUCCCCCCCAUUUCUCUCUUCUCACAAGUGAGAUGAUAGGGAAGAUCAUGUGUCAAAUUUGUUCAAGAUUGUUUCCUGUUUUGAGCUUUUAAUGUAUGCAGUCUUCAUAAUCAGUACGAGUUGCUUAGAAUUUAGUAGCCUCUGAUUUCACUUGGAAGAAUAAUUCCUUUUUUUAAAAGGUAAGUCAUGAUAUUUUAACUCAUGCUUAACAACUUGCUGUAUUAUAUGCAAGCUAUAUAUAUAUUAUUUUUCUCAACUUAUUGAAGGAUUAAAAUACAUUGAACAUAUAAGUCUCUGUUUAAUACCAACAUGAAUCAGAAUUUGAAAAUGGAAAGCUGAAGAAGACAAAUGUAUGGUAUUAAAUAGCAAAUGCUAAACAUGUUCAGUUGGGCACCUUUUGCAGAUUUAUGUUACUAAAUAGUCGCAGUUGAUAUUUUACUUGCUUUUUUUCUAAUAAAAAUUGAGUUAUCAUUUUGGGCAUAACAUCUUACCUAGAGAUGUAAAAUUUCCGGAAAUUUUAAAGCCAUGAGAAAAAAAAAACGUUUCCCCCCGUUUUAUCUAGAAAAAAUAUAAAUUUUUGAAUAAUUGAAAAAAAAAGUUCAGUGUGGAAUAGUUUUAUAAAUUGCAUGAAAUGCAGUAUAUAUAAAAGUAUCAUGCUUGCAAUAAAACAGGUAACCCCUCCCCUUUCCCUCAAAAGCAACAAAAAAAAAGCAAGAAACCAUCAACAUAAAAAAAUAAUCAGAUUUGCCCCUUAACACCCAUAGCAAAUAAAGUUAAGGUCCACCUUAGUAUUUAAGCUCCAUAGGUUUACCUUUUGAGUGGCGUUUAAAAAAAACCAAACAGAAGACACAACAUAUAUGUGCAGUUUAUUCUAUCUCAUUUUCUAAACUACUACUAUUUUCAAUUUCUUCUUCCUCUUCAUCAUUUUUCUCAUGGACUUCUAAAAUCUUUAGGGCUGCACGGAUUGAAACAAGCUUUUCUACCCUUUCACAGGUCAGUCUGUUUCUUGAAUUGGUGUGAAUAUUACCAAACAUAGACCAGAUUCUUUCACAUGCAGCAGAAGAUGCAGGAAUCUGCAGUAAGCGAGAUGCAAGAGGUUGUGUGGUGUAGAGACCUUGCCACCAUGUUGCAGGAGGGAUAUAUUUUGUAGCAUCCCAGAAUGCAUUCCUGGCCCAAUUCCCUGAAGAUGUUCUGUAUUCUGCAACAUUUGAAAAUACUUUUCCAACAUCAAGUCCUACGUGCCCAGCUUGUUUCAUAAUCUAGUCAAAUGCAGCAGCUGUAUUCUCAUCACUCACACCACACUGCCUUUGAAUCUUGGAUCCAGUAGAUUUGUAGCAGCAUAUAUUGGAUGGCAACAACAUUCUUCCCAUUUCUUAAUAAAACCUUUCACUUUACUUUUUUCAGCACUUGUAAGUGGAGAUGCGCUUAGAUUUUCAAAAACGGAUGUUUUUGUCAGAGCCAUGUGGUUAGGAAUUUCUGACAAAAGUGCAGUGCCUGAUUCAGAUGCAGAGAUUGCUGGAAAAAAUGGCAUUAAAAUCUAUAGGGAGUUCUGCAGCUGAACCCAAAACACAUCCUCAUCAAGCACAUAUUUCUGGGAAUUUUAAGCUCCUCGAUUGCUUGAAGAGCUUCUUUGUCUUUUAAUAAACUUUCAAAGGGGAUCACCACUCUACCCCAACAUGUUUUACUACAGUGCUUCAGUAUCCCUAUUUUAUUCUGUGCAUUUUUCUUCUUGCUGCUGCUUGAAGACUGCAGUGACAACAUGAGUAGCUUUUACAUAUUUGAUAGCUUCUUUAGCUCUUCUAUAAAUCCUUUGAAGGGUGUCCAGUUUCAUGAGGUCACUAAGAAGUAAGUUUAGUCUAUGAGAUGCACAUCCUAUUGCAGUAAUGUGUGGAUACUUGUCCAUUAUGAUUUCCCAUCCAGCUUUCAUAUUGCUUGCAUUGUCAGCAAAGCAAAUACUUUUACCACUCUCAAUUUUCUCUAAAAUUGCAUAUUUCACUGCUGAUGCACUCUGCAGUAUCUGUUCUCUCCAGUUUCAAUGCUUCUAUAAAAGACUGGUUGAGGUAUUGUUAUCAGAAAGUUGAUGAUUCCUUCUCCCCGAACAUUUGUCCAUGUGUAAGUACUGCAAGACAUAGUGCUUCACUUAAUUUUCCUUGUACAGAUUCCAUCACACGCUCAUAUUCUGACUCCAAAAGAGGCUUGCCCAAGGAAAUGUCCGCUUGGCAAAUGGUAUGGUCGUAAUAAUUUAAAAGUUUCCUGCCAUUUUCUGUUAUUGACAAAGCUGAUCCAGAAGCAUAUAUUGCUCUUGCAAGAGCGUGAUCAAUUUUCUUCUGAUUUUCAGGUGUCAUUUUAUCUAUAAAUGAAGGUAUUGAGGCAGUGGUUUGCAACACUUCCUUACGUGAAGAGGCUGCUAGUGAAGAAACACUUUGUGAUGAUCCAGAAGCAGCAGAAAGAGUGUUUCUGGAAUUAGAACUCUGGAAGGAAAAGCAACAUGCACUUUCAUUCUGGUCCUCAUCAUUUAAUUCCAUAAAGUAUUCUUUAAUGUUUUUAGGGCACCUCUAGCCUGCAAGGAUGCAUUUUGUCAUCCUUGUAGCAUUUGGAAAAGUAUAUUUUUUCUCACUCUUAUUUGCAAAUUGCAGCUUUGCUCUCAGCAGAAAUUGCACUGUGGAAAUGUUUCCAAACUAUCACCAUUUUACUGAGAGAAGGAAAAGAAAAAGCAAUUUACUGACUAGACUAUAGGAAAACAUCAUUGUGUGAUGGUGGAGAACAUUAAGAGGAAUCAUUUAAGGGUUACAAAAGGGAAACGAAUUUGUCAGACAAUUUUUUCCUCUGACCAGUCAGUUAAGGCCUGAAAGGAAGACAAACUAUCAUCUACUCAGUAGAUUCUACUGUAUACCAAAAAUUACUCAACUGUAGGAGAUCCGAGGUACAUAAGUAAACUAAAUUGGAGUCUUUCCUCUGCAGUACUCUCCUAGUGGCACAAAUGCAUAUUUCUCUUGUUUGAGAACUGCAUUGAGAAGUACAGUGUUACUUGAAUUGUAUUCUAGAAUUUGCUUGUCUUCAGCUGAGAGAACUUGCAAUAAUUUAAGACUUUACAAAAAGUCUCAGAAAUCUCUCAUUAAGGCCUUCAUGUUAUAUAGGUUGAAUACCAUGUCAUAGAUAUAUUAAUUAUCAUUGGAAAAAAACAUAUUCCACACUCCUUUUUUUUCUUUAAAUUUUCUGGAAAAAAUGGCUUUGGAAAAAAAACCUGUUUUCUUCCCAAUUUUUCUAGUUUUUUUCCAGGCCUUCCCAUUUCUACCCUUACCAUAUGAUACUUCUGAAGUGAUUGUCACAAAGACUUUCAAGAAGGACCUUAAUGUUUAAAACAACUGCUGAUACAUAGGUAAUUGUUCCUACAGAAAUAGGACUGGGUACCUCAGCCCAUCAACUUGGUGACAAGCAAGGAGUUCUGAAAGUUAGAAUCUCUUACAAGAUCAAAGAGAUUUCAGAUUAAGGAAGAUUGAUAUGAAUUCUUUUUGUAAAAAAAUCUCAAAUAUAUAUUGCUAGGAUAUUUUGGAGGAGAGAACCAUUUUUAUUCAUACAUGUCAAUUCCACAUGGGUUUGAACAAAAUAACUUUUUGUGAUAAAUAUUUGUUCAGCAAUCCAGACGUGCUUAUGACAGCCAACUUUAGUUUUACAGAGCAAUUUUCUUAAACUGCUCAGUAUCUUAAAUGUUUUUUAGAAGAUCUUCCUUGUUCUGAUAUCCCUUGCUCUCAAUAUUCUACCUUUCAUUUUUCUAAACAAAUUGUAGCAGGUUUGAGAAGACAGGAUGUGAGAGAAGAUUAAAAUAUUUAUAUGGCUAAAGGAAGUAUUGAGACGCUAAAGGAAGUAUUGAGACACAAUAUUUGUUGACACUAGUGACUUGUAUCAAGAAGUAAAUAUGUGAAUACCUAAUAUAGUGAAUAAACUGUGGCCCUCUGAUGCAGUACUAUAACUUCUAGCAUCCUAUAUGUUGGUCAUAUUAGCUAAGGUGUUAAAAACUGUAGCUCAACAAAUGGAGGGCUAUACUUUACUAACCCAUGCCAUGUACUGAAAAUGCAAUUAUCUAAUUCUUAACCUUGAAAUUUUAAAAGUAUAAAAUAUUUUGGACCUAUACGUACUUUGGUAAGUUUGUGAAGUUAUAAUAUCUACUAAAAAACCUUUCUGUAAUCAUGUUAUGGUGUAUAUAUGUUCUGUUUUUAAGCAUUUUACAUUAUGUAUAGUAAUCAAGUAGUGAAUAUAUGUCUUCAUAAAUUUUUAAUUUACCUAGAGGGUUAGAUCUAAAUUAGUUUAACCUGGAUACCAUUUAAAACAAUGGGAACUAGUUAAAUGGAACAAGUCCCAUUUAUUUCAGUGGAUAUUAAUUGCAAUUAAGUGUAUGAAUCUAGCCUACCUAUAUUGUACAAUGUUCAUGCAGAAGAUACUGUGUGGUUUUUAUAAAUGAAACGGGCAUUUUAAUAUAGCAUGAUACGUAUGUCCAUUCAACUGUUUUUGAAUAUCUCACAACUAACCUUCAUAAUCCCUUUAAUGUUCAGAAUGCUUGGUUAAGUACAGUUGUUUCUCUUGCAUGUUACUUACUGAUAUUAUUGAAGUACAUUUACUUCAUUUGGCUAAAGUUAGAUAUGUAUGUAAUUGGUUUAUUAAGUGGUUUUUGUCUUAAAUGUAUUAUUAAAUUUGGUUUCAUUUAAAAUGUGUGCAGAUUCUCUCUCAUUUUAAUGUAUAAAUACAAAAACAUGAAGACAGCAGCAUAGAUGGUUGCUGAAUGUAUAGUAAUUUUUGAUAUUUCGAGUAGAUAGUUUAAGGGUAACAACAAUCCUUAGUGGCAAGGGGAAGCGGGGAAGAAGGAAAACAAGGGACAUGGCAAUAAAAACUGUAUCAGAGCCAUUAAAUUAGGCUAUACUGUUUUAGUCAGCAUCUGGAACAUGUUGAGAUGUAUUAAUGAUGCCUAUGUACAUGGCAACUGACAAUCACUUAGCAUAGAUAUCCAACAUACUUCAGAUUAUACUAUUUGCUUCUUUAUGCCAGGCCCAGCUGCCCAUUUCAAGCUUAAACCUCUUGGUUUUUGCUUACUUGAUAUCAGACAAAUUGCGUCUCUAUAAUAUACUCAACUAAAAAAGUUGAAGAUUUGGCUGUGAAGGAAACAGAGGACUUGAUGGACUGCAGAGGCUCAGAUUCAAUUGUACCUGAUUAGCUAUGGAUGCUUGGCGGGUGAUUGAGCCAAUCAUUCUUAGACCUAUUUCACAAGGUUGUUACUGAGGGGGAAAAUAGAGGAUGGAGUACUAUUAAGGUACUUUUAAGAUCCUGGAGAAAAAGCAAAAGACAAAUCUUGCAAGUAAAAAAUAAACUUGAAAUUACCACACUGAGACUGAAACUAGAAAUAAGUCAACUGCAGAUUGCAUACAACAGAACUUCUAUUUUAUUGUUAUUAUAAAAAUUUGCAGUUUUGGGGGGAAAUUUUGGAGGGAAAACACGAUGUUGAUUGACUGGCCCCCUGGCCAACAUACUAUAUAAAGGGAGCUAUCUUGUUGCACAUUUGCUGGAUUUGUCACUGUGAAAUAAAGAGCUGUUGUCCACACA